AUGCUCUCUCGAUGGAGUCGUGAGCAGGCCUGGGCUCUGGCCCUGGGCCUCGUGGCCAAUGGCUCUCUGGUGUUUGCUGGACCUUGCGAUAUCUAUUCUGCCGGUGGCACACCUUGCGUCGCCGCCCAUGGCACUACUCGUGCCCUGUAUAAUUCUUACUCUGGGCCCUUGUACCAGGUGAAACGAGGCUCAGAUGGUGCAACGACAAAUAUCGCUCCGCUGUCCGCUGGAGGUGUGGCGAACGCUGCGGCCCAAGACAAGUUCUGUGCCGGUACAACCUGUGUGAUCACGGUCAUUUAUGAUCAGUCCGGCCGUGGAAAUCAUCUCACACAGGCUCCCCCAGGCGCCUUCAAGGGGCCAGACACUAAUGGCUUCGACAAUUUGGCCAGUGCGAUUGGCGCGCCUGUGACCUUGAAUGGACAGAAGGCCUACGGUGUCUUUAUCUCACCAGGCACUGGUUAUCGAAACAACAACGCCAAGGGUACCGCUGUCGGUGAUCAGCCAGAGGGCAUGUAUGCAGUGCUCGACGGCACCCACUACAAUGGCGGCUGCUGCUUCGAUUAUGGUAAUGCUGAGGUUAGCAGCACCGACACCGGCAACGGCCACAUGGAAGCCAUUUACUUCGGUGACAAUACCGUGUGGGGAUCUGGAUCUGGAAACGGUCCGUGGGUGAUGGCUGAUCUUGAGAAUGGCCUAUUCUCGGGUAGAAACGUCAAGCAGAACACUGCCGAUCCAUCCAUCAACUAUCGCUUCCUGAGUUCCAUUGUCAAGGGAGCCCCGAACCAGUGGGCCAUCCGUGGUGGAAAUGCGGCAUCCGGUGCUCUGUCCACUUUCUACAGCGGUCCUCGCCCCAAUGCGUCGGGUUAUAACCCGAUGAGCAAAGAAGGUUCCAUCAUUCUCGGUAUUGGCGGUGACAACAGUGUUGGUGCCCAAGGUACUUUUUACGAGGGUGUCAUGACAUCCGGCUAUCCUUCCGAUGCCACCGAGAACUCGGUCCAGGCAAACAUUGUGGCUGCCAAAUACGCCGUGGCACCUCUUUCAACAGGUCCAUCCCUCAGCGUGGGUGCUUCAGUUUCACUCCGCGCGACUACCUCGUGCUGCACCACCAGGUACAUCGCCCACUCGGGUUCCACCAUCAACACCCAGCUCGUCUCUUCAUCUAGCUCCACGGCGUUGAAGCAGCAGGCUACUUGGAAGGUUCGCAGCGGUCUCGCCAACAGUGGCUGCUAUUCCUUCGAGUCCGUGGACACCCCCGGCAGCUUCAUUCGGCACUACAACUUUGCUCUCGUUCUCAACGCCAGCGACGGCUCAAAGCAAUUCAACGAAGACGCCACUUUUUGCACACAAUCCGGUCUGAAUGGACAAGGUGAUGCCCUUCGCUCGUGGGGUUAUCCUACUCGCUUCUUCCGCCACUACAACAAUGUGCUUUACAUUGCAAGCAACGGUGGCGUUCAUGAAUUUGAUGCCACCUCUUCAUUCAAUGACGACAUUAGCUGGGUGGUUGGUGCCGGAUUUGCUUGA